AAACGGGUGGCCAAUCCGUGAUGGGGAAACAAGGACGUAAUAGGGGGCGGUGACUUGUAAAUGCUUUAAAUAGGUGAACUGCAGCUGGAUAAACCACUUCGUGUUUUUUUCAAAAUACCACAAUGGCAAGAACCAAGCAGACCGCUCGUAAAUCCACCGGUGGCAAAGCCCCGAGGAAGCAGCUCGCUACCAAGGCUGCCCGCAAAAGCGCCCCGGCUACCGGUGGCGUGAAGAAGCCUCAUCGUUACAGGCCCGGUACCGUGGCCCUGAGAGAGAUCCGUCGCUAUCAGAAGUCCACCGAGCUGCUGAUCCGCAAGCUGCCCUUCCAGCGUCUUGUCAGAGAAAUCGCUCAGGACUUCAAGACCGACCUGCGCUUCCAGAGCUCCGCCGUCAUGGCUCUUCAGGAGGCCAGCGAGGCUUACCUGGUCGGUCUGUUCGAGGACACCAACCUGUGCGCCAUCCAUGCUAAGAGGGUCACCAUCAUGCCCAAGGACAUCCAGCUGGCUCGCCGCAUCCGUGGAGAGCGUGCAUAAAUUUAGUCUACGACUACACCAAAGGCUCUUUUAAGAGCCACACACUUUUAUCUA